UUACAUUUUAUACUUAUUUUGAACGAGGACUUUGGGUUAUUACUGAGGUCAGAAAGGAAAAGAAAACCGACGAAUUGAUCUUCCGAUUCGAAUCUACGAUGUUCUUGUAUGUCAUUACUAAUUACGCAAUUAUUUGGCCCAAUUGAUAAAUAAUUUGAAAAAAAAUUCAGAUUGUAAAUAGAAUGAUUAAAAGAUUCAAGAGAUACUGAUUUAAACUAUUUUUAAUUUCCACAGUAGUUAAAAAGUACAAUACAACCGUUAUAAAGAUUGAUUAAUAAUGUAAAUAUAACAAAUCGUUAAGUUCUGGUAGUUUGUAGUUGUGUUUUAUAUUUCUUUGUUGGCUUAAAGUUCAUUUUUCAUUGUGAUGUCUGAUAAAAACGAAUUUCCGAAUUGAUUUAAGUACCUGGCUGUAUUACAAAUAAGUAAAUAUUAAUCGCGAUGUAGAUGUAUGACAAUGGCUUUAUUGUACAUAAUCAGACAUGUUGGUAAAGUCGGUCUCAGGAGCCAUUCUCUGCAGGAAGAUGAGAACCCACCUCAGGAUUACAUUAACAAUAUCUUUCACGAUAUUCUUCCUUCUCUACAAGAUCAACAAAAAUCAAAAAAGGCAACUGUUUGAUGCAUGCCCUGACAAGUCCCUCAUGACUUUUCAAGAAGAAAGCCUUGCAAGGAUACCAGAUUUGAUCCACUUCUACAGAAACUACACCGAAGCAGGUAAGAUAUCAAAGAGCGAGUUGAUCUGCAUAAAAGCUGCAUUGCACAAACACAACCGAGUCUAUAUCCACUCAGAAAACCCGUUGGCGACUGGUGAAGUGUUAAGACGUGCAAAUUUCAGCCAAGAUUCGCUUACUAUCCGCCUUGCUUCGAAAUCAAUACAGCUACCUAUAGUUGUAGACAUAUUGUGGAAUUAUGGAGGUAUUUUUCUACAAAAUGAUGUCUACCUUAUACAAAGGUUGGAUGAUCUUCGAUUCCACAGCCAGGUAAAGACAACUGACGGCAGCAUUAUUGCUGCGAACAAAUACGACAUCAGGACUGGCUGGUUUUUAGAUUCUCGCUGGUAUAAGGUGGACGGUGUGGUGCUGGAGCGAGAUUGGGGAGCACUUUAUCUAAAAGAAGUGCUCCGUACUUGCACCGUAAAGGCUGUCAAGCUCAGUGACGGCCAGCGACUGAGCAGAUUAUCCUGGAUUAGGAUUGUCAAUUGAAGAAGAAAGGAGAUACACUGUGAAGAUUCACCACCAAAAGGGGAUUAAAGCAAUGAUUUCUUUUUGAAACCAGAAAUCAGCAGAUCUGAAAUGAAUUGAAGGAGUUUUUUCAAUUACAAAUUAUUCUAAAACACUCCUAUUUGGCGUUUUGUACUUAUUUUCAAUGUUUUAGUGUGGGACUGAAAAUUAAUGAAUAAUACUGAAUUCUGAUUUUGAAGUUAAGUACUUUUAUAAUAAAAAUUGUAAUGACGUG